AAUUUUGAAUAAGUUUUAAGUGAAUUUUAACAAGAAAUAUUUUCAGUUUAGAAAUAAAUAGAAACCAGUGUUUAAACUAACAAAACUAAAACCUCUAGAACAUUAAAAAAAACAAUCUAAUUCAUCUCUUCUGCUUCAUUGACUCUUGAUAAAAUCUAAAAUACAGAAGAAAAUAAAAAGAAUCGUGAAACAACAGAAGAUUCCUUCUAGAAGACGCUGAACUGACACACACAGAUUAAUUUGAAAAAAUGGCUGAAAUAGACACUAUGGAUCCAGCUCAAGAGUACCUGGAGACUAUGCUGAGCCGUCACAAGAAGAUGGAUGAUUUGACAGAAAGAGGAGACUCGGCAGUACAGCAGUUCUAUCAAGAUGCUGUUGUGUUUGUGACUGGAGGCACUGGAUUCCUUGGGAAGCAGCUCAUUGAGAAGUUGAUCAGAUCAACAAAACUUUCCAAAGUGUAUGUGGUAUUAAGACCUAAAAAAAGCAACAGCGUUGAAGAAAGACUAAGAGAAUUAUUAAAAGAACCUGUAUUUGACAAACUAAGAAAACAGCAACCAGAGUUUGCAGAGAAGAUUAUCCCAGUUGCAGGUGAUGUCAGUGAACUUAACCUCGGUAUUAGUUAUCAGGAAUGGAACAUUAUGGCCGAUGAGGUCAAUGUUAUAUUCCAUUUAGCCGCUACGACCAGAUUUGAUGCUUCCAUUCGAGAAUCAACAAUGAUCAACAUCCGUGGUACCAAAGAAACUCUUCGGUUCGGCAAGCAGUGCAAAAAUCUCAAAUCUUACGUCCACGUCUCCACAGCCUACGCCAAUGCUUGCCACAGCCGGAUCAAUUCUCAAGUUUUGGAAGACUUCUACCCACCCCCCGUGGAACCAGAUAUGAUGAUAGAACUCAUAGACUCAAUGGAAGAAGAACGAUUAAAUAAUAUCACACCCGGCUUGAUCGAAAACUGGCCAAACACGUACUGCUUCACAAAAGCUGUUGCUGAAGAAGCAGUGAGGGCUCUGAGUGGAGACCUCCCAAUCUGUGUGGUCAAACCUUCGCUAGUGAUUGGUGCCUUGAAUGAACCGCAACCAGGUUGGAUAGACGUGUCUGCCGUGUAUGGAAUUACCGGUGUUAGUAUAGGAGUAGGUCUAGGUCUAAUGCACACGUCGAUGACAAACGGCAAAGUUCACUUGGGCCUGAUACCAGUGGACUACGUCAACAAUGCGAUUAUAGUCGCAGCAUGGGAGACUGGCAAACGAAAAUCAACCAAAGACAAGAAGCCUAAAGUCUACACUGUAGUAUCGACCACGAGAAGCCCCAAAAAGUGGAGUGAUCUCAGCAAGCUGUUAAAGGAAUUAACAGUAUGGAAGUAUCCAACACCAAUGUCCAUGGGCUACAGCUUGUAUCUCCAGACGAGGAUUCCAUUCCUGUACUGGGUAUAUUCCUGGCUGUUCCAUAUGAUACCAGCUUACAUUGCUGAUGGUAUUUGCUCAGUUCUUGGGAGGCAGAGAAGAUUCGUGAAAUUAUACACAAAGAUGACAAGACUGAUGGUGACUUUAUCAUACUUUACUCUCAACGACUGGCAUUUUGCGGACAACAAUACGGAAGCCUUAUAUGACAACCUUUCAGCAGCUGACAAAGAAAUUUUCAGUUUUAACAUCGACAGGCUUAACUGGACUGAAUUCAUGUCGUCAUUUGUUAUAGGAGUUAGACAGUAUAUCCUGAAAGAUGGCCUUGUUAAUACUAAGUAUGCUAUCAAGAAAGUGAAAGUUUUGAGACUUCUGACAUAUAUUGGAACCGCCAUUUAUUUGUAUUUGUUGUACAAAAUCGUUUGUUAUUCGUAUUCUAGUUUAACUUUUGCUGUUGGUAAGGUGUUUUAAUUUAUAUUAGUGUUUAUAUUUUAGGAUACCUAAUGUAAUUUA